AUGGCAAGUUGGGAUGAGAAACUUCUUACAGCUGCAGAGUAUGGGGAUAUAAAAGAGGUAGAAUUAUGUGUAAAGAACAGAGCUAACUUGGAAUGUAGAGAUAAAGUAAAAUGUUUAACACAUUUACAGAUAUUUAUUAUAUAUAGUACACAUAAUGUGGAUCAGUUAAACACUGCCCUUGUUAGUGUUAUAUGGAUGGACACCAUUAAUGUUGGCGGCUGGGGACGGACACCUGGAGGUCGUGACUUACCUCUUCACUCACGGCAGUCAGUUAGACACUACAGACCUGAUUGGAUUGACACCAUUAAUGUGGGCGGCUGUGUACGGACACCCGGAGGUGGUGAAUUGCCUGGUCACUCACGGCAGUCAGAUGGACUAACAGCUUUACAUUAUGCUGCUGGGAAUGUACAGAUUGAUACAACAAAAUGUUUAAUAGAUCAAGGAUGCAGUCCUUGGGUGAAAUCAAAACAGGGUAAGACUCCUUAUGAUCUGGUAAAAAUAGACAGCCUUAAGGAUGAUGAAGAGAAAAAAAGGAAAAAGGAAGAAGUGAUGGACUUCCUUAAGACUGUCAUGUCAAAGACAUCCCAAGAAGUAACUCCUGACACCCAUUUACAGGAACCUGCAGCACUACUAGUUGAAGACAGCAAAAUACCAGAACAAAUCAAAAAGAUGGAUCAUGAGUCGAUUGACAUUUAUCUGAACGCCCUUGAAUCGGGUUCAGAACGAAGACGGGAUAUAAAUUUAAUAAUUGUUGGAAAGAAAUCUGUUGGAAAGACUUCCUUAGUACGAAGAUUGUUUGGGGAGGAGUUACAAAGCGUAAAAAGCACAAAUGGUAUAGAAAUUCAUCGGCGGAGAUGUCGAAUAAAUCUAAGUAACUGUGAAUGGAAUAAAGUGUUAGAUACAGGAUUAGUGAAAGAAGCAAGUAUCAACAAUAGAAUAUUGCAGUCAAUUGUCAAAGAGUUGCAUCAAGAUAAAGAAAAAUCAAAGCAUGACAUAUUGGAGAUAUCUUCAUCAGAUCAGAUAUCAACAGAUGAUAAUAAGGGCAAAAUCACAAAAAAUAUUGAACAUGACGAAGAACCUCAACCCAAUCAUGCCAAAAUGAAUUAUCAGUUUGCUUAUCCGGAGAUUACAGAAUCGCCGUUGUCUAAACUGGCAAAGGAUGAGCUGUUAAGUAUAAUCAGAUCUGCUGUAGACUUACAAGACGAAGACGGCUAUGCAAAUUUAACAGUGUGGGAUUUUGCUGGUGACAUUGAGUAUUACAACACACAUCAAACGUUUUUGAAUUCAGAAGCAAUUUUUCUUGUAGUAGCAAAUUUACAUGACAUAGAUGACACAGUAUCCUACGGCACAUUUAAUUUCUGGAUGGAUACAAUACAUUGUUAUGGAAGCAUAAACGACAAAACUGAAGCUGUAUUGCUCGAAGGAGCUCACAACAUUCUAGAUCCACCAGUUAUUGCUAUUGGUACACACAAGGAUAAAUUUCAGGACGAAGAACAAUGCAGAAAACGUCUCGAAUCCUACACUGAUAAAAUAUUUAAAGAUUCCAAGCUUCACCUGAGAUCAAUUCACCUGAUAUCCAACACAGAGGAUGAAGAAGAUGCUUUUGGAAAAUUGAGGAAUGACAUAUUUGCCACAGCAAAGAGUAGCACAAAUUGGAAUCGAGAAUACCCUGUUAAAUUUAUUCAGAUGGAAAAAGCCAUCAACUCUGAACUAACGAUCGGAAAACAAAUAAUUUCUUUUGAAAGAGUAAAAGAACUAGGUGAGAAAAUACCACUUCCGAUAACUGAUGACAAGGAGCUUCAUCUCUUUCUCAGGUAUCAACAUGAAAUAGGUAACGUGAUAUUUUUUGAAGACAUUCCGUCAUACAUCAUACUUGAUCCCCAAUGGUUAGCAAAUGCCUUUACAUGCAUUGUUACAGCCCAGCAGUUUCAACUGGAAUUAACACACUUACAAUGGAACAACUUCAAACAAACGGGAAAGAUGGAUCCUAAGCUAUUGGAAGAAAUAUUCAAGAAACAAACAGCAGACAUGAGGAUUCAUAAAGAGCAUAUACUGGAAGUAAUCGAAAAGUUUGACAUUAUCAUCUAUCCAUUGCUACUGACGGGAAGUGGAAAUGUACAAAGGGAGCAUAGUGUUUUUUACGUUCCAUGCAUGCUUCAAACAUUAAAAAUUAAGGAUAUUGAUGUAUUGUUUAACGUUCCAAAUGCUAGCAAAUCUACAUGUUUGUGUUUUGUCUUUAGUUUUUUACCGCCGUAUCUAAUCAGCAAUCUGAUUGUCUCUUGUCUACGAGAAUAUCCUCUAGCAGUGGUAAAGGGCGAGAUAGGCCUCUUCAAGGAUUGUUGUGUAUUCAAUAUUGACAGAACUGGCUGUGCAAAAUUUGUAUUAGCAAAGAGUAGUCAUAUGAUUCAGCUGCAAGUAUGGCAAUGGGAUGAAGUAGAUACAGAGGUUAACCAAGCUGUUUUAAAAAUUGUCGAAAGAGAAAUCAACAGAAUUAUCAACACGCGAUACAAGUUGAAAACGGUAUCUUUCGAGAAAAAAUGGAAGUGUGAGACUACCAGUUUCUCCUUUGACACAGGAUUCCAUGAAUUUGAUCAAGUACAUGAUGGGAAAAAAUAUUAUUGCGAAGAACAUGCGACAACUCAUAAAUAUAAAGACUAUUGGUCUGGUGAGAAAUCAAAGGCUCCCCGUAGAAUAAGUAAUGAUCAACAGAAUUUCGUCCGAAUGUCAAUGAUAGUUCUAGAGGUAUUAUCAGGCGUUUUAUAUGAUCGCUUAUACAUAGAUACAAAGACUGGCGAAAUACUUGAUCGCGAUAAGUUGGACAUAACAGAAAUGUGUAAGAAAUAUUGUGCUUUAAAGAUAAACUUUCCAAGUAAAGGCUUUAGGAAAAUAGAAAAGGUGGACGACAUUCCUACCAAUGAAGAUACCAUUGGUGACGACAUUCAACGGAUACGUGUGAUCAGAAAUGAAAUGCAGCAUUCUUCUGUCUUUGCAUUAGAUGACACACGAUACCAAACACUUAUCACUAUAGUUCAUGAUAUGCUAACUAGAUUUGAUCAGCGUAACAAUCCAGCAGGUGAAUCCUAUGUUAAACGAUUAGACGAAAUCAGGAAAAUGGAAUUAGAGACAAGGAGUUUUGAAGAGAUAAAAGAACGAAUGAAAGCAGGAUUGAUAGAAAAGAUUCAUGCAGUUGUCGAUAGUGUGGUAUCUGAUGCUUUGAACGAUAUUUGUUAAUUCAUUUUUGUAUUCACCAUUUGCAGUCAAUGGUAUAAAUAUUGAAUAUGUGAAAAAUUCGCAUAUUAGAAAAAUGUAAUGAACUACUCAAACUAUAAUUUACUAAUUAAAUUGACAAAAAUGUCAAUGGCAAACAAUACAUAUAAACAAGAAGAUGUGGUUUGGAAACUCUCCAUUCGAGUCCCAAUGUAAUACAAGUUAACUAUAGAUCAAAUUACGAAGCCGCGGCGGAGACCAAUCAGUAAACUACAAAUUCUAGUGUAAAACCAUUCAUACAGGACGACCGAGGUCUUAUUACAGAGAAACACAUAUGAACAAAACCAACAAACCACAUCUGUUGAACAAUAGGUUACUGACUUAGGACAAGCGCAUACAAAUGCAGAAUGUGUUUGAUAUAUUAACUAAUAUUUCAAGAUAAGUUAAAACAUAGUUGUUAAUUAUAAAGUUAAAUCAUCAAUAUGUUUUAUCAUUAAAAGAAAGCUUCGUGUCGAAAGUUGUGAAUUCAAGGAUCUAUGACAUAACUAUGUACUAAGUGUAAUAUAAAUACCAUUUUAUACUUGAAUGUAAAAUAUAUAAUGAAAUGCAAGAAUAGUAAAUUAAAAAGUAUUAUUAAAGAAAUCUAUCUAAAAAACUAAAGAGAAUUAGAGGCUAAUAUUGUUCGGGGAAAUAUCCUUUUGGGUAAAACUGUCUAAUUGUCAAUUGGAGUUAUCUUUCUAUGUCCAGAUUAGUAGUUGCAUCAACUUAAAACACUAUUUUAUGCAAUGUACAAUGUAUCUUCACUUUUAAUACUAUUAAAACAAUAUUUACCAUUUAGUUAUAACAAGCACUUUAUUUUGCAUUUUAAUAUUUUCUGAUGUAUUUACAUGAGUUGUUAUUGUUGCAAACUCCAUUAGAGAUUUGAAUUGAGAUCAGUUUUGGAAAAAGAGAAAGGAGGAUUUGAACAAAAAAUAGGGGGGGAGGUUAAUUUUUUCUCAUUUCAGAUGUCAUAAAUAAAUAGAAAAUUUCUUCAAACAUUUUUUUGAGAUGAAUAAUUUCAACAGCAUAGUGAAUUGCUCAACGGCAAACAAAAUAUUCUAAGUUUAUAAGACCACAUUCAUUCUGUGUCAGAAACCUAUGCUGUGUCAACUAUUUAAUCACAAUCCAAAUUUAGAGCUGAAUCCAGCUUGAAUGUUUUGUCCAUACUUGCCCCAACCGUUCAGGGUUCAACCUCUGCGGUCGUAUAAAGCUGCGCCGUGUGGAGCAUCUGCUUUAUAUUUGUCCUGUCCAGUGCUAUAAAUCAAAUUUUACGUAACAUUUCAUUGCAUAUAAGAAAAAAACAUCACUGGAAGUUAACCAAUCAAAUGUUCACCUCUUUUAACAUGUGUGCAAGCUUUAGUAACCAUGUAACCUUUAGUUUCAAAAAUAUUCUAUAGAAACCCCAAAUUAAAAAAAUUCGGUCCUAUGAAAUACCCAAGAUAAAUGUCUACGACCCAGAAAAUUUUUACUACAAUGAAAUUAGGAUAAAUUACUGUCAAAUUCAGGGGAAUAUAUUUUUAUAACGUUUUUCGUAUGCACGUAGAUGUGACGUAUUAUGAUUUGGUGGUAUUAAACCUGAAGUAGUGUCGACUUCGGUCGAUUACGACUAUUAUUCUUAUUCUUUUUAAUAGGAUACCGUCCUUCUAAACAGAAAAAGCUGUAGUUCUCCAUAAUUAUAUUUCUGUGAAUAUAUGCUCAUAUGAGUUGUGAAAAAUGUGGGUCACAUUUUUAGAACAGUUCAUUAAAGAAUGAGUGUCUAGCUGGCUAGUUUUGCCAUUUUCAUAAGGUGAGAGUACUGAUAUAAUACCAGUUAGACACCAUUUUAAGCAAUAAUUUCAAUGUCCAACAUUCUUAACAUAUUGAGCAAACUACUUACAUCAGUUUUACAUAAUUAAUCAAUGAAUCAAUCAAAAUUGUGUCAUUUCAACGCAAAGUAUAUUGAUUAUCGAUUACACAAUUUUACUUGAUUGAAUGAUUGAUUGUUAUUUGCUUAACGUACGGUGGCAAAUGUUUCAUGAAUGUUCAGGACGAAAACAAAAUAACAAUGAAUACAACUACAGCUCCUGUAAUAGAAGCCGUCUGGGAUUAAGGGAAGUGAAAUUUACCUGUAAAGGUGUGUAUGAUACUGGUAAAGAUGGUUUACAAACAAUAACAACAAUUUAUUCAACUAAACAUAGAUUAAGGGAUUAAGGUCAGUGAAAUUUAGACAGCCACUGGAAAUUACCUGUAUAGGUGUGUAUGAUACUGGUAAGAUGAUUUAUGAACAAUAAAAUAACAAUGUAUUCCACUAUACUUUCGACGAAGACUUUGUAAAAAACAAGAUCAUUAUUCAUAUUUAUUUAUAUAAUUAUCAUUAGAUUGCAUUCUUUCUUAGCAGUGAUCGAUAAAGAUUAAAAUCGUUGUUCCCUCCAACUUUUCUAACUUUUUUGUUGAAUGACUACGUGGAAAUUCCGCGAAAUUAUCAAGUCUGAAACUGCCUUUUAUCUCACCUGGCCAAAAAGACCAAAUUUACUGGGCUACAACCAUCAUUCGGGUAUCUAGUUUAAAAAAUAAAAGUUUCCGAUGACCCAACCAAGAUGGCCGAAAUGGCUAAACUAGUUUAAUGGGUAGUAAAAUACAAGGUUAGACUAUUAAUUUGAGAACCGUUAUAAAAAGAGAAAAUCUGACAAGAACUGUUCAGAAUGUUAAGCUUUAUCAAUUGUCACAACUGUCAGACGACUUCCGUUAGAAGUUGUUGCACUUAAAACAAUGAUAAAUGUUUCCAUUUGUUUGUCAUGUUUUUUUUUUAUCUUGAAAACUAUAAAAGAUAGAGAGAAACUUUAAAUAGCAAAAAUGAUAUGUACGACAUGUUCUACAAAUAAUUCUAAAAAGGUCAAAAUUGUCAGUCGACUCCUUAUUCGAGUUAUCUUAAAAGUCAUAAGAGAUAGACAAAUGAUAGAUAGAAAUUGAAAUAAGCGAAAAUUAUCUAAAGUCUAGCACUGGAGAUGCAAAGUCUAGUGCUAUAGAUAUACAUGCAUAAUGCAUCCGUUCUAUCAAUUUUACUAGCCGUUGGGUUAUCUUUUUUUUCAAGUAUUUGAAAGUGUUUGAGAUAAUAUCAAGUAUCAAAAACGUUCGUCGACGCAACUCCCAGCAUAUGUUGGGCCUGUUCAAAAUCAGGCUAUGUACACCAUGUGUUUGUUGGUGUUUUACCUUAAUAUUUUUAAAAUUGUGCAUGAUUUUGCCUUCGAACCUUUCUAAUUGAGUGUCACUGAUACUUUUUGGUAAACGAACGAACACAAUGGCGUACACAAUGAUAAGCCUGGAUUCUUUUACGAGUUGUUUUUCUGUGUAACAUGUCUGUUUUUUUAUUCAAGAGAAAUCGAGUUUGUAAAUUCAAAAUGUCAUUUUUUAUUGGCUGUUCUACUAAAUGUAAUUUUUUAUUUCAUCACCAAUAUCAAUAUUUGUUAGUUAUUCAUUAUACCCCCGCUUUAAAAAAGGGGGGGGGGGGGUAUACUGUUUUACCUCUGUCUGUCCUUCCGUCAGUCCGUCCGUCCAAUGAAUAUUUUUGUCGAAUUUUUCUCAGGAACUACAAUACAAGGAUUUCUGAAAUUUGGUUUCAGGGUUUAUCUAAGUCAGCUAUACCGUGUGAUGAGUUUUCAGAUUGAUCACUCGACAACUUCCUGUUUACCGAACACUUGUAUGAUUUUACAUAUGAUAGCCAAGUUAAAAAAUUUCGUCACAUUUUUCUCAGGAACUACAAUACAAGGAUUUCUGAAAUUUGGUUUCAGGAUUUAUAUAAGUCAGCUAUACCGUGUGAUGCGUUUUCAGAUUCAUCACUCGACAACUUCCUGUUUACUGAACACUUGCAUAUUUUUACACUAUUAAUAUUAUCCACUUGCGGCGGGGGUAUCAUCAGUGAGCAGUAGCUCGCAGUUUCACUUGUUUUGUUCAACUGAUUCGUUUAUUCAUUUAUCAGCUAGUUUUGUUGGUACUGUGUGAACAUGUGAAUGUUUAUAUAUUCUAUAAUAUUGUUAGAAAAGAUGUUGCAACAGUUAUAAAAAUACCAUAAUAAUAAUAUUAUACAUAAUAUAUUUCUUCUUGUAUUUAAUCAUUCCAAACGUGUAAAUAAAAGUCCUUAGCUAGAUUUAGUGACUAUACACAUAUCUUGAAAAAUUAAGAUUUACAAAUUUAAAAUGUCAU